CGCGAAUCCUCGUAUGACAGAACUAGUUUGAACAGAAGAUAAUUUAUAAAUUACAUGCUUUUAUUUAUUGCAAUGUCAUACAAGAACGCGCUGGUGUAAUGGAUACGUAUUUUCGGUAUCAUUUGGUUUCUGGUUUCGCUGUGUUUGGAUACAUCUGUGCAGCCAUGUACCAGUAUGGAACGAUAUUAGUGGUAGGACCCGCUUUUGAGAACAUGGAGGUUACACUUAAAGCGACACCUUUCUAUCCUUGGGGAUGUGACGUAGAAUGGAAGUACAUGCUGGACGGGGGCACGACAUUCCAAACAAUGAACGGACCAAAUAUUGAAAGAUAUUUGGAAGAUGGGUCGUUCUUUUUAAAAUGGACGGCUUCAAUUGAAUACAACAAAUCUGUCUUCUACGCCGGAUGUUCAACAAACACAACAAUUAGAACACACAUGGUUUCUUUAGAUAUGACAGAGCGACCGAGUUAUCCAGUCCUCGGUCGAAAGUAUCCUGACUUCAACACAACGAAAUGCAUUUAUGUGUAUAAAGGUUCCGACUUUUAUUGCAAAACUGAAAACGGAACAGACCCCGUACAACUGUUUCUUUUAUUUGGACAGAAAUCAUAUGCUGAUGAUGAAAGCAAAGGGAUCAAAGGGUUGUACCGAAUCAAUAACGUUCAUCAACAAAUGGAUGGACUGUCACGACGGAAUGUGACAUGUCAGGUGUCUUAUGCAGCCCUUGAAACACCAUACGAAGUGCAUGGCAUUCUAUGUAACGUCGAGAAAGGGAGCCUGCCUGUGCUGACAGUACCUGAAUUCCUUGAUGGAGAGAAUUCGACAGCAAUAUGUGAAGUGCGCGAUGCUAUCCCAGCUCCAUUAAUAGAAAUACGUGUUGGCAACGUCUUGCUAUCGGAUGCUCAACAAAUUGAUUCAUUUAAUGGAUCUUCCCAUACGUUUACUAGCAAAACAACGGUGACAAAGACUAACCAGGUUUGGGAUGGAAAAGAAAUGUGCUGCGAUAGGAAAAGCAAAGAUGAUUUUGGUCUUAAAGAUGUUUCAGUAUGCAAAAACAUCAGUAUCAGAUAUCCACCGUCGGAGCUUUCGAUGUCCGUAAACAAAAUACAUGAAUAUAGUAACAAUAUGUCAGUCUGUUUCUUAAAUAUGUCUUGUGAAAUGGAUGUAUCAAAUCCGCCUUGCAUAAUUGAAUGGUCAAGCGACAACGAUAAUUUGAGAUAUGUUUAUAGGAACGAUUGGACUAAUGGACAAAAUGGGAGUUCCCGUUUUAUUUCCAACGUGCGUUACAAUGUUACUGCAGACAUGCCUGGGGGAACUAUUACAUGCUCAACAAGAUGCGGUCAUUUCCCUUCUGUUUCAGACAAAAGCUAUACCGUGUCGUUUUCUGAUGUUCCGAUUCUGUAUUUGAACAUAACGUCUCCUGUUGCUUUACAUCCAAAUAUUACAGUGAUCAUUAAAUGUUUCGUGGUUGACCUGAAUAAUUCAGAGCAAUGGACUUUUUGGUGGGAAGAUGCAAAUAAAACUGUAAUACAGAAUUGUAUCAAAGUAGAGCAAUGCCUGUUAACAUUGAAUUAUACAGGUGAUGGUGAUAAGAGGUACAUUUGCAACACUCGGAAAUCAAAGGAGCUUCUGAGAAAUUCCUUGACAGUUUCAAGCUCAAGGACAGAUGAAGCAACAACCAACCCUGCAAAAGUUGUAUCCCAACAGUGGCAUUUGGUGCUUUACGCGGUAGCUGGAAUACUUCUAGUUUUACUUGUAACCACAUUUUCCGUGCUUCUCUUUCGUCGGUGCAAACCUCGUGUGUAUGAAACACUUCUACGCCGAAGAAAAACAGCAGUUAGAGGGCAAAGUUUACAAGUGUAUGAUGUUGUGCAGGCUAAUGUGGCUACAACUGCCCUUCACAAUCUAGGAGGUGUGUCUGCAAGUGCUAUCGAGAACGAACAUGUACCAUCACCAUUGGAUCUGGAAGAAAACGAAGUCCGUUCAAACGUAAAUGUUAGCCACUAUGACUAUGUAGACACCACAUCCGACCACAGAGACUCUCGGACAAACGCACCCGAUGCAAAUUAUAUUCACGCUAUAUAAGCGUUUAAAGUAUCCGAUCUUAAUAUUAACUAUGUAGUCAGAUUUCUGUGUUUUUGAAUUUCCAUAAUCAUUGUUUUGCUUACAGUUUCAGUGCGUUUAUUGUUAAACGUGUUCAACAAUAGUAUUGUUUUUAAUUGUUUGUUGCCGUAUGUGGCAAUGACUGUAUUGCAGAUAUAAAUAUGUAUAUGUAACCAAACUGCAACUUGUAAUACAUGUCUAAGAAGUUUUGUCUAAAUACUGUUGAGUUGUAACAGACAGAGUC